UAGAUUGUUCGUGUUGCACUUUUGACACUUUAGGCCUGUUCUUUUUCUCUGCACUACUGCACUAGUGCGAUAAGUUAAAGUGAGAAAACAUAUAUGUGUCUCGCUUUAAUUUAUUGCACCAGUUCAGCAAUGCAGCGAAAAAGAACAGAUCUUUUUACAUCUAACAUCCGCGGAUUCGUGAGGCAACACGUGCUUUCUCUCGUGAGGAAGACUGAGAAAGAGGACAGUGUGUCAAAUGGCUGUAAAUAUCCUGGGGAAAGGCUGAAGACACGGGGAAUAACUCACCAAGCAAGAAGAAAAAAAAAUUACUAGAGUGCCUUUUUACAUUGAUUUUACAAAAUGAAUAAAAGAAAAUUCGAGGACGAUGCCACUUCAACGGACGCCGAAGUCAAGAAAGCUGCAUCUCUUUUUAAAUCUGACACUGGUGAACUUCUACCUUGCGGCGUAAUACAUUUACCCACUGACACCACUGUGAAUAAACUGCAGGAGAUUUGCAACGCUGUGUUGCAGCAAGAGGAUCCUUUGCCAUUGGCGUUCUAUGUGAAUAAUGUGGAAGUUACAGAUACAUUGGGAAAGUAUUUAAAGAAUGACUUUGACUUCCUUGAGGACAUUGUAGAAAUUGUGUACCAACCACAGGCAUUGUUCAAAGUCAGAGCUGUCACAAGAUGUACAGGAUCUUUAGAAGGACACAAAGAAGCUGUUAUAUCUGUUGCAUUUUCACCAGAUGGCAAACAUUUAGCUAGUGGUUCUGGUGAUACAACAGUAAGGUUGUGGGAUAUCUAUACACAGACGCCUCAUUACACAUGUGAGGGCCAUAGACAUUGGGUAUUAUGUAUUUCUUGGUCACCUUGUGGUUCUAAGCUUGUUUCUGGAUGUAAAAGUGGAUUAAUUUAUCUGUGGGAUCCAAAUACUGGCAAACAAAUAGGAAAAGCAAUGACAGGACAUAAUAAAUGGGUGACAUCUUUGUGCUGGGAGCCCUAUCAUAAAAAUCCUGAAUGCCAAUAUUUAGCAAGUGCAUCUAAGGAUUGUGACAUAAGGAUCUGGGAUACAAAGAGGUCGCAGUGUUGCCGUACUUUGUCAGGUCAUACAAAAAGUGUGACCUGCAUAAAGUGGGGUGGUAGUGGUCUUAUUUAUUCUGCUUCCCAAGACAGAACCAUCAAAGUAUGGAGAGCAGAAGAUGGUGUGCUGUGUAGGACCUUGGAAGGCCAUGCUCACUGGGUAAAUACUUUAGCUCUAAAUGUAGACUAUGUUCUUAGAACUGGUCCAUUUCAUCUAGGAUCAACUGCAAAUUCUGAUCCAUUAGUGUAUGCAAGAAAUCAAUACGAAUCUGUAGGUGAAGAGAGACUUGUGUCUGGAUCUGAUGACUUCACAUUGUUCUUGUGGAGGCCGGAGAAAGAGAAGAAAUCUAUUGCAAGGAUGACCGGUCACCAACAACUCAUUAAUGAUGUCAAAUUCUCGCCAAAUGGCUGUAUGAUUGCGUCCGCGUCCUUCGACAAAUCCAUCAAAUUGUGGGAAUCUAUUACUGGGAAAUUCAUCGCCUCGCUAAGGGGUCACGUUCAAGCGGUUUACUCGGUAGCAUGGAGUGCUGAUUCUCGUCUGCUAGUCAGUGGCAGUUCAGAUUCAACUUUAAAAGUGUGGAGUAUGAAGACUAAGAAGUUAGAACAGGAUUUACCUGGACACGCAGACGAGGUUUACGCCGUCGACUGGUCGCCCGACGGUUUACGAGUUGCCUCAGGUGGAAAGGAUAAAGUUUUACGACUAUGGCAAAAUUAAAUAUAAGUGAAAAAGAAA